AUGCAGGUCGAGAAUUGCAUCUCGCCAGCGACUGAUCUCUCCAAGAAAUUUAUGAAUGUGGGCAGUGGCUUUUCGAGCUCCGAUGGAUCAGAUCUUUCGUUGCAGGACCAUCCUAUUAUAUCUGCAAGUGACAACCUGGAGAGAAGUUCACCUCUGAAAAAAAACUCUAGGGAGAUGACGAAUCAGUCAGAGGCAGACAAUUUCCCUGACUCCAAGGACGCAUCGGGGGACGUCCAGAGGGGCAAACUCUCUCCUGGUCUUCAAGGAGUCUCUGACAUCCGUCAUAAUUUCGAUGGAUCUGCAGGAGAAAGGUGCAUCUUUUCUCCAUCUAUCCAGCCACAGUCAGUUUCAGCAGCUCCCAGUGUCAUGUUCCCUUACCCGACCCAGCAUGGACCAGCGCACCCGGCUUUUUCUAUUGGAAGUCCCAGCCGUUAUAUGGCCCAUCACCCGGUCAUAACUAACGGAGCUUACAACAGCCUUCUGACCAACACUUCUCCUCAAGGCUACCCGGCAGCGAGCUACCCUUACGCGCAACAGUAUGGACACACUUACCAAGGAGGGGCUUUUUACCAGUUCUCCACGGCGCAAGCAGGACUGGUUCCGGGGAAAGCGCAGGUGUAUCUGUGCAACAGGGCCCUGUGGCUGAAGUUUCACCGGCACCAAACAGAGAUGAUCAUCACAAAGCAAGGACGACGAAUGUUCCCAUUUUUAAGCUUCAACAUUUCUGGCCUUGACCCAACCGCUCACUACAAUAUAUUUGUGGAUGUAAUACUUGCUGAUCCAAAUCACUGGCGAUUUCAAGGAGGCAAGUGGGUGCCAUGUGGAAAAGCAGACACAAAUGUAACAGGAAAUAGGGUUUAUAUGCACCCGGACUCACCAAAUACCGGAGCGCACUGGAUGCGUCAAGAAAUAUCAUUUGGAAAGCUAAAGCUUACGAACAACAAAGGUGCCUCCAACAACACAGGACAGAUGGUCGUCCUCCAGUCUCUCCACAAGUACCAGCCCAGGCUCCAUGUGGUGGAAGUGAACGAGGAUGGGACAGAGGACACCAGUCAACCGGGAAGAGUCCAGACUUUCACUUUCACAGAAACGCAAUUCAUCGCCGUCACAGCGUACCAGAAUACAGACAUUACGCAACUAAAAAUCGACCACAAUCCGUUUGCUAAAGGAUUCCGGGACAACUACGACACUGUCUACACAGGCUGCGACAUUGACCGCCUAACUCCAUCACCGGGUGACUCUCCGCGUUCACAGAUCGUGCCGGGUGCGAGAUAUGCCAUGCCUAGCUCUUUCCUGCAGGACCAAUUUGUCAGCACUUAUGCCAAAUCUCGCUUUCACCCUGGCGUGGGGACUGGUCCUGGCACGGAGCGCAGCGUCCCACUCGGCCACAGCUUGCUGUCCCCGCAGCAAACCGACGAGCCCAGUGUUGCCACCCCCCCGCAGCGAUGGUUUGUCACCCCUGCCAACAACCGACUGGACUUUGCUGCCUCGGCAUACGACGCCGCUGAUUUCGCCGGUAACGCGGCCACCUUGCUGUCCUACGCAGCGGCCGGAGUGAAGGCUCUUCCCCUGCCGACUGCAGGCUGCUCCAACCGGGCUCUUGGCUAUUACGCAGACCCGUCAGGCUGGGGAGGACGCACACCGCCGCAGUACUGCGGCGUAAACAACAAAUCCAGCUCGGUCUUUUCCUGCUGGCCCGCUAACUCUAUCGGGGGCCGAGCAUGUACCAACUACCUGGCCGAGGAAGGAGACUCCCUCACGACAGAGAGGUCGCCGAUCGGCGGCUCGGACGAGACCAAACCCAAAGACAUGACAUCAGAGUCGAGCUGGAUAGAGACACCGUCCUCCAUUAAGUCCAUUGAUUCGAGCGAUUCUGGUAUCUUUGAACAGGCCAAACGGAGAAGAAUCUCACCUUCUGCCACGCCGGUUUCAGAGACAGUGUCCCCGUUAAAAUCUGAGCUGCUGGCACCGAGAGAGUGUGAGAAAAACGGCAUAAAGGACAUUGGUUAUUACAGUUUCUAUCCUCACAGUUAAAACAACAGAACA